UUUGCUGCCCUCACUGGUCCCACUCCUAGUAGUCAUUUGAAAAGGCACCAUGCUUGAUGUAGUGGUGGGCUCCUGCUCCUGCUCUGACCCACUCAGUGAAGUUGUUGGGAGCUGCUCUGUCUGAAACCAAAGCUGUGGGACUUUUACUGCUUCACACCAGCAGAUGCCAUGGAGGCCUGCGUUCAGAAGGACUGCUGGGGAAAGUGAUCAGAUUAUAUGAGGAAAAAGUGGUCAAGGAAAAGUCAAGAUCUGAAGCUGGAGUGAAAGACAGUCGGUCCAGCUGUCUGUCCCUCUCGUCGUUCAUCAUGAGCUCCUGGGUGGUGAGCAGAAAGGGAGAGCCGCAGUACCGCCGCCACUUCCUGACAGACAACAGCGUCUUUCACGUGGAGCGAUGCAUGAGCGUGAUGCAGUCCGGGACGCAGAUGGUGAAGCUGAAGGCGGGAUCCAAAGGACUGGUGAGGCUCUUCUACCUGGAUGAGCACCGCUCCUGCAUCCGCUGGAAGCCCUCACGCAAGAGCGAGAAGGCCAAGAUCACCAUCGAUUCGCUGUACAAGGUGACGGAGGGCGGUCAGUCAGACAUCUUCCACCGCCACGCCGACGGCAGCUUCGACCCGGCCUGCUGCUUCACGGUGUACCACGGGAACCACAUGGAGUCCCUGGACCUGGUGACGUCCAACGCCGAGGAGGCCAGGACCUGGAUCACGGGCCUGCGCUACCUGAUGGCCGGGAUCAGCGACGAGGACUCGCUGGCCAAGCGCCAGCGCACACACGACCAGUGGAUGAAGCAGACGUUCGAGGAGGCCGACAAGAACGGAGACGGCCUCCUGAACAUCGACGAGAUCUACCAACUGCUUCACAAGCUGAACGUCAAUCUGCCCCGCAGGAAGGUCAAGCAGAUGUUUCAGGAGGCGGACACGGACGACCAGCAGGGCACGCUGACGUACGAGGAGUUCUCCGUCUUCUACAAGAUGAUGUCCAUGAGGCGGGACGUCUUCCUGCUGAUGAUGGCGUACAGCGACAGGAAGGACCACCUGACGGCGGACGAGCUGGCCAACUUCCUGCGUAACGAGCAGAAGAUGACCAGCGUGACUUCUGAGCAAGUUGCAGAAAUCAUUGAAAAAUUUGAGGUGUCAGAUGAGAACAAACAAAGAGGCGUAAUGGGAAUUGAAGGCUUCACAAGUUUGAUGCGCAGUCCGACGUGCGACAUCUUCAACCCUCUGCACCACUCGGUCAACCAAGACAUGGAUCAGCCGCUGUGCAACUACUUCAUCGCCUCCUCGCACAACACCUACCUGACCGGAGACCAGCUGCUGUCCCACUCCAAGACCGACAUGUACGCCUGGGUGCUGCAGUCCGGCUGCCGCUGCGUGGAAGUCGACUGUUGGGACGGUCCCGACGGGGAGCCGAUGGUCCAACACGGCUACACUCUGACCUCCAAGAUCCCGUUCAAGUCUGUCAUCGAGACCAUCAACAAAUAUGCCUUCAUAAAUAAUCAGUUCCCCGUGAUUCUCUCCAUAGAGAACCACUGUAACAUCCAGCAGCAGAAGAAGAUCGCGCAGUACCUGCGAGACAUCUUUGGAGACAAGCUGGACGUUGGAGACUUGAUGCACCGAGACUCCAAAACGUUACCCAGUCCGAGCAGCCUGCAAGGCAAAAUACUCAUCAAAGGGAAGCGCCUGCCUGCGUAUCUGUCGGCGGACGCCGAGGAAGGCGAGGUGUCUGACGAUGACAGCGCUGACGAAAUUGAGGACGACUUCAAGCUCAAGAGCAGUAACGGCAAUGGCCACCACCAGGUCGAGUCUCACAUCAGGAAGAAGCUGGACUCGCUCUUGAAGGAGUCUCGGAUCGGCGACAAAGAAGAUUCUGACAGCUUCAGCAUCAGCCUGCUGCGAGCGACGCACCAGGGCCUUCAGAAGAACCUGCGGCAGAGCUCCAAAGGGGUUCUGAAGAAAUCCAGAGCAGAUCCUUCAUCACGACGCUCAAGCAGAAGAGGCACUCCAAGUCCAGGCUGGACCUGCCAGAGCAUGGACAAGGACGACGACGGUCAGGAGAAGUCCGGGAGGGAGGCUGGAGGACAGAUUAACAGGGGUGGAAGGAAGAGGAAGACGAUGAAACUGAGCAGGGAUCUGUCAAACAUGGUGGUGUUCACCAACUCCGUUGCCUCACAGGAGUGUCUGAACGAAGGUACUCCGGGAGACGUGCUGUCGUUCAGCGAGACCAGAGCACAAUCUCUGGUCAAUCACAGAACCGAACAGUUCCUGACGUUUAACCAGAGGCAGCUCUCUAGGAUUUAUCCCUCGGCUUAUCGUAUCGAUUCCUCCAAUUUCAAUCCCCAGUUCUACUGGAAUGUGGGCUGUCAGCUGGUGGCCCUCAACUACCAGACGGAGGGGAGGAUGAUGCAGCUCAACAGAGCCAAGUUUAUGGUGAAUGGAGGAAUCGGUUAUGUCCUCAAGCCUCCUCCCAUGUGUAAAGGGACCUUCAAUCCGUUCAGCGACGACCCGCUUCCCGCCUACCCCAAGAAGCAGCUCAUCCUCAAGAUCAUCAGUGGACAGCAGCUGCCCAAACCCCCAGACUCCAUGCUGGGGGACCGUGGCGAGAUUAUCGAUCCAUUUGUUGAAGUGGAGAUCAUUGGUUUGCCGGUCGACUGCUGCAAGGAACAGACACGCGUUGUUGAUGACAAUGGCUUUAACCCAGUGUGGGAGGAGACGCUGUCUUUUACUCUUCACAUGGCCGACGUGGCUCUGGUGCGUUUCCUUGUCUGGGACCAUGAUCCCAUCGGUCGGGACUUCAUUGGUCAACGGACUGUCGCCUUCAGCAGCCUGAUGCCGGGUUACAGACAUGUUUACUUGGAGGGCUUGACAGAGGCUUCCAUCUUUGUGCAUGUGUCAGUUCAUGAUGUCUACGGAAAGUGGAGCCCUCUAGUCCUGAAUCCCAGCUUUACCAUAAUGCACUUUCUAGGAUCUAACAAGGGUCAUCAACUGCGAGGCAUUCGAGGCUUUUUUAAUCGCUCCUCCAAGUCCUCUGUAGACACAAACGCCAGUGGGCUCAGGAAACGCUCCAUCAGUGAUCACCUCCUGCGGCGCACAGCCAGCGCCCCGGCGAAGGGACGGAAGAAGACCAAGAUGGCCCUGUCGGAGUCCGUGGCUUCAAUAUCAGACCAGAGGAACUGCCCGGGUGCAGGAGCAGCAGCGGGAGCAGCAGGAGGAGCAGCAGCAGCGGCGGCGGCGGGAGCAGAGGGCUCAUCAGGGAAGGAAGGAGCAAUGGAGAAGCGUCUCCAGCCCAGAGCGCCGCUCAUCCACAGACCCAUCUCCAUGCCUUUAGACAGGCUUCUGCAGGGGCAGCUGUCCCUCUGCUCCCCAGACAAGGAGCAGCAGGACAUCUGUGCUGACACGGUCUUCGUAGAAAACUGACUAGGAUGUUCCUGCAGGAGGCUGUCCCUUCAACAGGCCUAGGUCUUCCUCUGUGGACGUUGUCAUUGAAUCGUCAUUCCCCGUCCAAUCAAGUAUCCCUCCCUCUUCUGAACCAUAUAGAAAUAAAG